AUGGACGAAGGUUGUGGCGGAUCCGGAGCGGUCGCAAUGGCCCCUGCUGAGCCGCUACUUUGUGAGUAUGCGGCGCACUACUUCCCGGAACCGACCACGAACAACAUCGCCGAAUACUAUGGGUUGAUUCACGGCCUCCAGCUUGCUGCGGACAGGGGUUUCACGCACCUCACCAUUUUUGGCGACAGUCAGCUCGUUCUACGCCAGAUGCAAGGAGUCUACCACCUUAGGCACCCCGGCCUGCGCGAACUCUACCGCUCAGCACGUACCGUCACGCGCGUGUGGAAGCAAGGACGCCUCUCGGAGAGGUGCAACGGUGGGGUCGCUGUCGUUGCGUCGAAAAUCAAGGAUGCGGUGAAGGCCGUACCCCAUUUCAACCGACAAACUAUCCGCACGUUGGCAUCACAAAGCAAGAUACCAAAGACAACUCUUUUCCGACACAUCAAGGAAGUCGGAACACUCAAGGGUCGAUCAAGCUACGACAAGCCCAUUCUCACAGACGACAACAAGAUCACGCGAACGGGGUUUGCGAAAAGCUUUCUUCGACCUUCGUCAAAAGGAGGCCAUGUUUUCACCAGUAUGCAAGACAUUGUGCAUAUUAUGGAAAAAUGGUUCUUCUUGACGAAAAUCAAAAGAAAGUUUUACGUGUACGAAGAUGAAGAAAUGGCGUUGCAAGCGGCCAAGUCAAAGAACUUAAUCACGAAAGUAAUGUUUUUGGCCGCUAUCUGCCGUCCUCGCUACGACUACUCCAAAAGGAAGAUUUUCGAUGGCAAGAUUGGCGUAUGGCCUUAUGUCGAGGUCGUGGCUGCUCAGCGAACAAGCAAGAACCGUCCCAGGGGAUCCUCAAAAUUCCCCAAAGCGUCAAUGGGGAACAACUAUGGCUUCAUAAACAUCCCCAAAGCGUCAAUGGGGAUGUAUAUGAAGCCAGAGUUGUUGGCAAUGUCGUGCCUGCUAUUUUAG